CACAAACCGACGACGAAGCAAGAUCGAAGAAAUAAAAUAUCAUCAUGACGAACGAACAAGAACAAAACAGUGAUAGCGGUACUGCUUCGAGGGUUCUGCACCCGUUGCAAGUAAUACUCAAUGAACUCGGUCUCAUUACCUUGUUCCGUGCCUCUACAGACACAAAGAUCCUCAUCCUACAACGUUUUGUUCGACUCUUUGCCUAUGGUGGCUCGACAUUGAUUCUGGCCUCGUAUCUCUCGGAUCUGGGAAUCGCAGAUGCCAGGAUAGGAUUGUUCAUGACGUUGACCUUGAUCGGCGAUGUCUUUAUCAGCUUCCUGUUGACCCUCGUGGCCGAUCAACUCGGUCGUCGUUGGAUUCUUGUGCUCGGAGCUGCAUUGAUGAGUGUAGCGGGUGUCGUCUUUGGUCUCAGUGGGAACUAUUGGGUACUGCUUGCCGGUGCCAUUGUUGGUGUUAUCAGUCCUAGUGGGAAUGAAAUCGGACCAUUUCGGGCGAUCGAAGAGUCAACGCUUGCUCACCUCACGGCCAGCGCGGACCGGAGCGACAUCUAUGCUUGGUAUUCUCUCAUAGGAACAGCUGGUACAGCUUUGGGGUUCAUCAGCUGCGGAUGGAUCAUCACUCUCUUGCGAGACGAGAAGCACUUCAGUUCGAUUCAAGCAUAUAGGGUCAUAUACUUUAUGUAUACGAUCAUCGGACUAGUCAAGCUUUGUCUAGCGCUCCUGUUGAGCAAGGAAUGCGAAGUGAAUGCUCAUCCAAAAGCUGCGAACCCCAGCGAGACCUCCCCCUUGCUCGGCGAAAACGGGACGCGAGAAGACAACAAGAAGCAACGACGCUGGAGUCUUCUACCGAACAUCAGCAAAGAAAGUAAGGUCGUGCUGGUACAGUUGUGCAUUCUCUUUGCUUUUGAUAAUUUUGCCUCAGGCCUGGCACCUGUCUCUUGGGUCACCUUCUACUUCAAGCGCAGAUUUAAUCUGUCGGAAGGCCAGCUGGGCUCAAUUUUCUCGGUGACAGGAGUGAUCUCGGCUCUGUCGAUGCUAGUCGCAUCAUCAAUAUCGAAGCGAAUUGGGAAUGUCAAGACGAUGGUAUUCACGCAUCUUCCCUCGGCCAUAUGUUUGGCCCUCAUACCAAUCCCUCCCACACUCUCUGGUGCACUUGUGUUCCUCAUAGGUCGCUCUUGCACGCAAGUCAUGGAUGUGGCUCCUCGUUCGGCUUUUCUCGCGGCCAUAGUACUGCCCCAUGAGCGGACGGCUGUUAUGGGCACGAUCAACGUUGUCAAGACUUGUGCUCAAAGCUUGGGUCCUGUCAUCACUGGCGUUCUCGGCACCAAGAACCACUUCUGGGUGGCGUUUGUCGCUGCUGGAUCUCUCAAGGCUACUUACGAUCUAGGGUUGCUCGCACUGUUUGCGGAGAGAAAGAGCCGUGAAGACAAGGUGAUUGAUAGGACAAAUGAAGAACAUCAGGAUAACACCAGAGGCAAUGAGUCAGCAUAGUCAUUGUCGGCAGACGUAAGGAUCUCAGACAAGACAGGAGGGUCGAUCAAUAUCAUAGAGCCAAAAAAAUAACAAUGC